AUGGAGGACUCCCAAAGACCUGGCCAUCUAAGGUCGGUCCUUAUUCUCUACGGGUCAGAGACAGGGAAUGCGCAAGAAGUGGCCGAGGAAUUGGGCGCAGUGACCGAGCGACUGCGUUUUGUGACGCAUGUUUCCGAAUUGAACCAGGUGAAGCCGGAAACGCUAUCCUCAUAUACCAUUACUAUUUUUGUUGUCUCGACUACCGGUCAAGGCGAUCUACCGGCGAAUGCAAGGACAUUUUGGAAAUCGUUGCUGCUUAAGAAACUCCCACCUACCUUUCUGAAUGGUGUGAACUUUGCAUCAUUUGGAUUGGGUGAUAGCUCUUAUCCCAAGUUCAACUGGGCUGUGCGGAAGCUCUACAAGCGGCUGUUGCAGUUAGGUGCAAAUGACGUUUAUCCCACAGGAGAGGCAGAUCAACAGCAUCCAGAGGGGCUUGAAGGUACAUUUCUACCGUGGGUAGCCGAUUUCCGCAAGAAUCUACUGGACCGACAUCCUCUUCCCCCUGGGCAACAUCCUAUCCCAGAUGAUGUUCAACUACCACCAAAAUGGAUCUUACAGCUGAAAGGAGACACUUCAGUGGUAGAAACCAAUCUUCCGACUGAAGACCAAAUUGUCCAAACAGACGAAUACCCCGGCUUAAAGAAUCUAGACUAUGAUAUUCGGCCACUCCCAGAUACUCUCACCGCGUCUCUUGACGAGAAUCGACGAGUCACUCCUCAGAAUCAUUGGCAGGAUGUUCGUCGUAUAUCGCUCACGGUUCCCGAGUCCGUCUCAUACGCUCCUGGUGACAUGAUCGCCAUCACCCCCAAAAGCUCACCUACCGAUGUACAAACUCUUCUCGACAUCACAGGAUGGAAUGAUAUCGCAGAUAAACCAAUUGCUCUGGUUCCCACUCAGAGCACACCGUCACCAUCACCAAUACCCGGUCUCGAUUCAUAUCCUAAUUUGACCCUGCGCGCGCUUCUCAUAGACUAUCUGGAUCUCAAAGCUAUACCCCGCAGAUCCUUCUUUUCCACUAUUACCCACUACACGAAUGAUGAAAUGCAAAAAGAACGUCUAAUGGAGUUCACAAAUCCAGAAUAUCUCGAUGAGCUCUGGGAUUACACCUCCCGACCCCGGCGGAGCAUUCUCGAAGUGCUGCACGAAUUCGACACGGUGAAAAUCCCCUGGCAGCAUGCGGUAUCCGUCCUUCCCGUCAUGCGGGCACGUCAGUUCAGCAUCGCCAGUGGUGGCGCGCGGAAGCGAACAGCAGACGGAAAGACACAGUUUGAGCUUCUCAUCGCCAUUGUCAAAUAUCAGACCGUCAUCAAAAGGAUCCGCGAAGGUGUCUGCACCAGAUAUCUCUCUACACUCCAACCAGGAAGCACCCUUCGAGUCCAGCUCCAACCCGGUGGACUUAAAUCCUCUAUUCAGCAACUGACUGGACCCACUAUCCUCAUUGGGCCGGGUACGGGCAUUGCACCUCUUCGGUCUAUGCUGUGGGAGAAGGCAGCCCUGGUCCAAGCCUACCGCGAACAAUACCCCGGCGUUGAGCCUCCUAUUGGACCUACAGUCUUGCUCUAUGGCGGUCGCAAUCGAACUUCGGAUUUCUUCUUCUCGGAGGAAUGGGACCAACUGAGUCAACUUAUUCCUCUGCAGGUUCUCACUGCAUUCUCCCGUGAUCAGCAGCAGAAGAUCUACGUGCAAGAUACGAUCCGGCAAAACUUCUCGCUCUUCUUCCGACUUCUUCACGAACUGCAUGGAUCUGUUUAUAUUUGUGGUUCAUCUGGACGUAUGCCUCAAGCUGUACGGGAGGCAUUGAUUGAGUCCUUCCAGAACGGAGGUGCACCAGUACCAGGGCACCCAUACACUCGGUCGCAAGCGGAGGAGUACUUAAUUGGAAUGGAAAAGAGUGGGAGAUAUAAGCAAGAGACAUGGUAA